AUGGAACCCGAGAUGGUCAGCACCACGGUGAACAACGCCCGGCUUUUUUUGCAAUUACGAGACCAGUACAAACAAGAAUUGGUGGAAGACACUCGCUUGACCAAAGCCGCCGAUUUAGCGGCCAAACAACAUGUCCUUCUGACCAGUGAUGCCCCCGAUGCUUGGAAACGGCCUCAACUCAAAGCCGUCAGCCGUCAAUUACGCCAUUGGACUAAAAAAGUGCGCCAACCCUUUGGAGCCGCUGCUGGGGGUGUGACUGCUGCCGGGGCCACCACCCCGGGUGACGAUGAUUUUGAAGCGGGUCCCAUGCAAGCCUGGUUCACGCAAUUGGUCAAGGCUACCCAGGGUAUAAAACAAGGCACCCCGACGCGUGGACCCAGAAAACCCCCUGUCCCGCCUAAACCAAGGUUCACCCCUAGUGCCAAAAAGAAACUCAAGUUUACGACCCCGUUGAGCAGUGAAGAAUUGGCGGACGAGUUGCCCUUUUCGGACACAACCGGUGUAGAACCGUGGGAUACCCCUAAAGAACGUGUGGACACCAUCAAGAGAAAAGCCCUACGUGAUAUUCGCAAAAAAACCACGGACAGUGCCAAAAAGAAAGCGGCGGGGAUCGCCAAAAAGAAAGCCACUGGUUGGGCCAAGAAAGCUUUGGAUUGGAAAUCGUGGAAAACCCCCUAA